AUAGUUUUCUAUAUGUUUUUAUUAGUCCCUCACAAUGGUAUGGAAUAAUUUUAGCAAGCUCCUCUCUACAACAUUGCUGGAUUUCAUUAACAUUUGUGAGUAAUGGUUUUUGUAAAACUCUCAGGUCCUGGCUUUCAGUUUUCUAUUUUAUUUUAACCUGUGCUGCCAAAUAAAUGACUCUACAGCCUGUAAUGGAUACACGUUUUUACUGCCAGUCUUAAUAUUCAACAUCAGUGCACAUAAGAAAUUUCAUAGCAGAAUUAGCUCAUCAGAUAUUGGAUACUAUUCUUAUAAUAGUGACCACAGUUUUUGUUUACCUAGCUCUAAACUAACUUCUUGUAUGACUUAAGCACAUUUUUUUUCAAAUUCACCAACAAAGUUCAAGCAAAGGAAAACUGAAGAACGUACAGGUCGGUGAACGGCACUUUGGCAUGGCUUGUGAUCCUUUCAGGUUAAUAAUUACACACUAUGUUACAACUCCAGUCACAGUCUGGUCAGAUUGCUACUUCAUUUUUCUGAGCUGGAACAACAGGGCUCUACCGGAAUCUGCUGGCUUUAAACCACAUUGAAAACCUUCACAGGAGAUUUCUGCUCAGACUUGCUGAUCUGUCAAUGGCUCGUGUCCUGUCCCUAUUCCGGCCUCAGCCUCUUCUGACCCUUUUGAGCAGGCUGAAACCUGCACUGUGCAAAAUGUCAAUGGACUCACGGGCGCGAGAAGUCUUCUCGACUGCAGUGGAAGCCGUUCAGCCCGAUACUGUGGUCAAGCAGAGUAUAGAGCGCAAGGAGGACACAGUCAUUAUCGAUGGUCGCAAAUUCACCCUCAAACACAAUCUGCACAUGGUGGGCUUUGGGAAAGCUGUCCUGGGAAUGGCUGCUCAAGUAGAAAAAAUCAUGGGGGAUCACUUAGUGAAAGGAAUCAUAAGCGUGCCAAAUGGGAUUCAGCAAACAUUACAGCAGAACGGAAAAGGCCACCUACUGCUAAAAGAAAACAGUUCAAUCAAAGUAAUGGAGGGAGCUAAAAACAACUUACCUGACGGUGAUGCCCAGAGGGCAGCUGAGGAGAUCAAGCUGUUGGCGAGUGAACUGACAGAAAAAGACCUGCUGCUGGUGCUGAUUUCAGGUGGAGGCUCAGCAUUAUUACCUGCACCAAUCCCACCAGUCUCACUAAAAGAGAAACUAGAUGUCACACGCAAACUUGCAGGUGCUGGCGCCACCAUUCAGGAGCUGAACACUGUACGUCGAGCCCUUUCCUUUUUAAAGGGUGGAGGACUUGCGCAUCAAGCUCACCCCGCACAGGUGGUCGCACUGAUCCUGUCCGAUGUGAUUGGAGACCCACUGGACAUGAUAGCCAGCGGCCCCACGGUGAGGAGUGAGGUGUGGCCUGAGGAAAUUUUAUCCAUCCUUGAACGUUACAAGCUGCUGCCUUCCCUUUCAGCAUCGGUAAAAGAUGUCCUCGCAAGACAAAGCCCCCGUUGGAAAGAGAAUAAGGAUGAAUCUGAUGCAUCAGGACAUGUUCUAAACGUUGUGAUUGGCUCUAACAGUAUUGCUCUUGCGUGUGCAGGCCGCCGUGCUCGAGAGCUAGGUUUCCGUCCAGUUGUGCUUUCACCAGGUGUGUGUGGCGAUGUGAGGUCUGUGUCCAGACUUUAUGGCUUGCUCGCUCGCUUUGCAUGCUCUCCAGAGGAACCGCCUCCAGAGAUUGCCGCAGAGGUGCUGAGGCUGGGGCCAGAAGUAGGUGUGGAGAGCUGGGACCUGUGUCGUACCAUGCAGGUAUUGGGUGAGGGACGUGCAGAGGGAUGGGGUGCUACAUGUUUGUUAGCUGGAGGGGAACCCACUGUGGAGUUGACGGGCAAAGGUCGUGGAGGUCGUAACCAGGAGCUGGCACUGCGAGUGGGACUGGAGCUCAAAGGCCUGGAACUUCCACCCAACGGUCCUGUGUUCCUUAGCGGUGGCACCGAUGGUCAGGACGGACCCACUGAGGCAGCAGGAGCCAUCACUGAUGGAGGGUUGUAUGCGGAAGCACAAUCACAGGGGCUGGACAUUCACGACUUCCUCGUCAACAAUGAUUCCUAUACAUUUCUUUCCCAUCUCUCUGCUGGAAAACAUUUACUUGUACCGGGUCUAACCUGCACAAAUGUCAUGGAUGUACAUAUGCUACUUAUUCCAGCAAUUCCCAUUAAAAUAAGCUAAAUCUAAAAGAACAAUUAAACAUAAAAAAAAUACUUUCCUCACUCUUCAGAGCACCCUUUUUGUCCUUAACCAGGGUUUUUUUUUAAUCACAUACUUGUGAAUUACUGGUAUUUUCUAUAGUAAAGACUAGCAGCCAUACAUCAAAAAAUAGGCCAGUGUGUUUAAACAGUAAAAGACAAGAAUAUUAAACUGGUGACCAGUAAUUAUGUAUCAUCCUUAAAACUUAAUAAACACUGUCAAAAUGAAGGAAACAUAUGUACUUGUCACAAGUUUUAAUCCAACUCAAGGAAAUAAACAUCUUUGGCAACAAUUGCAUCAGCUCA